UGAUCACCAGUCCCACCAAGCUAACCCAUAUGAGCAAACAACAACUAGUUUUCAGUCACAGUGUUUAACAAUUCUUGCUGAAAUGGAGGGCAUUUUUGUACAGUCUCUCUCCUUUGCAAAAAUUCCGAAGUCUCAAACUUGCUCUUUUUCUCUGUUGAAUUCACCACUCUUGCUCAACUCCAAUCCUACUUCAGUAGCUUUCAGUUCAGUAUCCCAUCAUCAUUUGCCCAAGUGCUUUCUAUUUCAGCUACCUGGUGGUGUUAGACCCAAAGCAAGACAGAACCAGAACCUGGGAGUUGUGCUUGCCUCAGAUGCUGCAAACCCAACAACCAAUGAUGAAGAAAGGUGGCUUCUUGAACCAGUUGGAGAUGGUGAUACAAGGCAUAUAGGCUUCAAGGUUGCACUGCCAGGUGCAUAUGAAAUUGCCUCUAGUGAGGUGACUGUUGGACGCGUUCCUGAGAAAGCUGAUCUGGUAAUCCCAGUUGCAACAGUGUCUGGCAUGCAUGCACGUAUUCAGAAGAAACAAGGGAAUCUCCUUGUCACAGAUUUGGAUAGCACCAAUGGGACAUUCAUUGAUGACAAACGGCUGAGACCUGGAGUCAUUGCCACUGUAUCAUCUGGGAGUCUUAUUACGUUUGGAGACACCCAUUUGGCUAUUUUUCGUGUAUCAAAGGUCAAAGAUGUGGAGCCAGCAGAUAUAGUCGAAGAAACCGAAGGUGAACUAGACACUGACAACAAACGUGAUGAUGCUGAAACAAGUUGAGCUUCUAGUUGUAGUUGUAUGCUAUGUUUUGUAUAGCUAAAAAUAAACAAACGAAAUUUUCGGCUUUGAUUAAUUAAAACCAUUAACGUAUAAUUCAAUAUUUUUCAUAAAAUGCAGAUACUAUGUAAACAUAAUCCCUACUCAUUAGGAGGAAUGUUCGUAGUU